AUGGAGGAACGAGCAUAUCAAUUACGGAGAAGCGAGCAUCCCAAACAUCCAGAAAAACCAAAGAUAAGUCAGCGAGUUGCAAGUAGAGUUGGUUCAGUUAUUCCUCUGUCUAUUGAUCACAAGCCCGAUAGAUCUGAUGAACGUCAAAGGAUUGAAAAGGCUGGGGGAUUUAUAAUCUGGGCUGGAACAUGGAGGGUCGGUGGUGUUCUUGCUGUGUCCUGUGCAUUUGGCGACAAACUUCUUAAGCCUUAUGUUGUCGCUGACCCUGAAAUUCAGGAGGAAGAAAUUGAUGGUGUAGAUUUUAUUAUAAUUGUUAGUGAUGGCCUUUGGAAUGUCAUAUCAAACAAGGAGGUUGUGUCGUUAGUACAAAAUAUCACAGAUGCAGAAGAGGAUUUCGGUGUAGAAGGGUAA